GUCAAAUAUGAAAUCAAAGCAAUCGUCAUUCUGAACUUAUCUGCUGAUUGAUAAAAUCCUUUUGAUAGACGAGUGUAAGAAUUUUUAUGUGCAAGGUAGCCGGUUCAUGAGAGGAAAGGUGUUGUUGGAAGAUAAAUGCCCCUUUAACCAUAUGAAUUUCAACUGAAAUAAGGAAGAAAAAAAUGAAGUAUUGUAGUACAAGAGGAAAAGAGAAAGGAUUGUCAUUUAAGGAUGUUUUGUUUUCAGGAUAUGCUAAAGAUGGUGGUCUUUAUAUGCCAGAAGUCAUCCCAAAACUGAAUGAAACAGAGGUAAAAGAAUGGUCAGCACACUCAUAUCCAGAUCUUGUGUAUCUUAUUUCACGCAAGUUCAUUUCGGAGGAAGAAAUUCCCUCACAUGCUUUGAAAGAUAUCAUAAAUGGAAGCUUAAAGAGAUUCCGUACACCAAAGAUCAUCGAGAUAGAAAGGUUAGAAGGAGGCCUAAAUAUUGUGGAACUCUUUCACGGGACAACCUUAGCAUUCAAAGACUUGGCUCUCUCUGUUGUAGGAGGAUUACUUGACUUCUUCUUGAAGGAAAACAGUGAACAUGUCACUGUUCUGAUAGGAACUUCAGGUGACACAGGCAGUGCAGCCAUAGAGAGUGUGCGAGGAAGAGAGUCCAUUGAUAUUGUGGUUCUCCUUCCUCAUGGUCGCUGUACUCGCAUUCAAGAACUACAGAUGACAACUGUGAUAGAAGAUAAUGUACAUGUUUACUGUGUUGAUGGCACAUCAGAUGAGUUGGAUGAGCCAAUCAAACGUUGUUUUGCUGAUGAGGAACUCGUUGCAAAGCACCGAUUGAUAUCCAUUAACUCUAUCAACUGGGGUCGCAUCAUGGCUCAGGUUGCUCACUACUUCUAUACUUACUAUCAUCUCUGCUCCUCUGUAGGCCAGCCUGUGAAGAUUGUAGUGCCCACAGGUGCAGCUGGCAAUAUAACAGCUGGAUGUCUAGCCCAGAAAAUGGGUCUUCCUAUUACUCUGGUGGCUGGAGUCAACACCAAUGACAUUGUUGCCAGAACACUGAGUAGCGGAGACUUUUCCAUCAGAGAGAAUGUCUGCCAGACUCUGGCACCAGCAAUGGAUAUACAGGUCCCCUACAAUGUAGAGAGAUUGAUUUACCUGCACACAAAUGGAGAUACAAAAAGAGUAAAGGAAGUAAUGGAUUCUUAUGAAGAGGUUGGGAAGGCUGCUGUACCCGAAGACAUCUUGAGGAGCUUGAAGAACGUUGUGGUUGAUACACUUGUACUUGAUGACUCCCAGAUAACAGAAGUAAUGAAGAAGGUUUACAAAGAACAUAACUACAUCCUGUGUCCACACACAGCAACUGCAGCAGCAUACCAUUACAUAAGCAAGGAAGAGAAUCCAUGUGGCUAUAUUGCAACAGCUUCACCAGCCAAGUUCCCAGAGGCAGUAGAGAAAGCAGGGGCACAGCCUGUUACAGAGGGUAUCGGCCACCUUGAAGACCUUCCAACAAAAUUUACGUGGAUGAAGAAGGGAGAAGAUUGGUACUCCAUUCUUCGCAAUAGGAUAGAAGUAAUCUCUUCCAAGAAGGUGUAAAGAAGGAAAGGAAGAUGUAUGUUCAUGAUAAUGUUUUUUUUUUCUUGUUGAUUAUUCAGGGAAUGUGCAUUAAUGUAGUGAAAAGGAUAAAAGUGUGGUUUUUAAUAAAAUUUUAGCUGUGGUUAAAAGUUAGGCAGCAUGUCACCUAUAUUUUGCAUUUGUUAAAUGUUUUCUUUUGUUUUCUUGAGAUGAAUGUGUAUUCUUUUACAUUUACUGAAUUAGAAAGUUUGAAUUUUAAUAUUCUGGUGUCCUUAAGUAUUUUGAGGGCAUGUUGUUGGUAAUUUUCCAAAGGUGUUCCUAGAAUAUGUGCCUAAUUAGCACUUCUUGAGUACUCAUUUUGUUCUUGAAAUAGGUCCAAACUGUUUGAAUAUGGUAAUUUUAUUAAGAACUUACAUAACAGUGUAAUAGUAAGAUAUACUACAUUUAAAAAUACAUAAUACUAUUUGGAAUAUCUAAGAGGAAGGAUGGACACACCAGAUAUUUAACUGGACAUUCUUUAUAACAGAAGGAAGCCUGCUAUUUUUGUCCCACCCAUACUGAAAUGGUCUUUCUGGUGCACAGCAAAUAUAGUAGCAUUUCUUCCAAGUUCCUAGAUGGACCCUGGGAUUGAUGUGUUAAUGCUUAAGAGACAAAGCAGUCUCAACAGUAUUUCUUGUACUAACCAACAGUAAAUGCUUGUUGGUUAGUAUUGUGCACAAAUCAUGGUAUGGUAUGCUAAGCUAUAACUUAAGGUAUAGCUUUAUACAAGUCUUGUUACUUUCAGUCAGAAAACCUGUUGACUCAGUGUUUUAUGAUUAUGAAUAUUGUGAUAUUUUCUUUGGCAGCUUGCCACAAAAUGCCAAAGAGGCUGUUACACUCUUUUGUUAAACUUCUCGAAAGUAUAUGUAUUGCUGUAAAUUUGAGUGAUUUUUUUCUUUAUUGACACUAUCCCUUGUUUGAUAAUUGUUGGUAAGUGACUUUAUAUUUCAUAUUUCUAUUUCUGCAAACCUUUCUUCUGUUUGCAGAACACACCUUUGUUUCCUAUUUGUUUAGUCAACUACAAGAUAUAUAAUAUAUUGCCCAAAGAUCCAUUAUUACUCCCUUAUUAUUUGUAUUUGUCAAAGCACCCAAUAUACACUACAGUCAGACUCUCCUCCCUCUUCCCUCCAUGCAACAUUGUCUUUAAAUUGAAGGUAAGAAAUGAAAUCAUAACAGUUUUUUUCUUUCUUUUGUCAAUGCACUAUGAAAAUUUUAUAAUUCAUAUAACCAAGGUUUUGUAUUAACAACAGAUUUGUGUAUAUAAGAAUAUUGCAGGAUCCUUCUUUUGCAUAUUCUAAUGUUUGCAACAGAUUCCUCUUUGCUGCAUGCCAUAAAUUUUAUCAUAGAAUAACGAAAUAUCAUGAAAGUGAUAUUCCAAAUUUCUUAAGAAGGUAUGCAAUAGUUAUAAAGUUUCUAAAUUAAUGCAGAUCAUCUUGGUGUACAGUACAGUAAUGGAAUAAUAGUUUUUAAAGAGCAGUUGUUAGAACCAUAUAUGCUAAAAUAUGUUUUCAGAUAUUUUUUUAUGAACACACUCAUUUUCCCAGGAUGAGCAUGUUUUACUGAAAUAAAUUACAUUACACAAAA